AUGCCGGGCUUUAGAGCGAAAAUUAGGAUUGGAAUUUUGAUUGUUGUGGUCGUAGGGAUUUGUCUCGCUGCUUUGUAUGGUUUGUUGAAGCCUAUUUCGAAUGGAUGUAUAAUGACCUACAUGUAUCCGACAUAUAUUCCUAUUUCAUCGUCGGAGAGCAUUUCGCCGGUGAAGUAUGGGUUGUACUUGUACCACGAGGGAUGGAAAAAGAUAGAUUUUAAGGAGCAUCUUAAGAAGCUUAGUGGUGUACCCGUGCUUUUCAUCCCAGGCAAUGGUGGCAGCUUCAAACAGGCAAGGAGAAGACGAAACAUAAAGAAAAUGGAGAGAUAUGGCAUAGAUCCCGUGCGGUCAUUGGCAGCAGAAUCUGAUAGGGCAUAUCAGAUUGGUCCCCUUGAGCGUACAUUUUACCAAGAAGCUUCCCUAAGAGUUGAGGAAGGAGGUGCGGAUAUAAAUUUGUCUGGUUUCCAAUUGCCUAGCCAGUAUACCAGCAGGCUGGACUGGUUUGCUGUUGAUCUUGAAGGUGAACAUUCUGCCAUGGAUGGUGCGAUUCUUGAAGAGCACACUGAAUAUGUUGUAUAUGCUAUACAUAAGGGCCUGUUCACACUAAUGGUGAAAAUUUUGGACCAAUAUAAAGUGUCUUAUGAUGCUCGAACAAGAGAAGGUGCUGCAGUUUCUGGAAGCAUGCCAAAAAGUGUGAUAUUGGUUGGUCAUUCAAUGGGAGGUUUUGUUGCUAGGGCUGCUGUUAUCCACCCUCGUCUUAGGAAAUCAGCAGUUGAAACUGUUCUUACACUUUCAACCCCACAUCAAUCACCUCCUGUGGCAUUGCAGCCUUCGUUGGGUCAUUACUUUGCACGUGUAAAUUGCAAAUGGAGAGAAGGAUAUAAGGUUCAAACCACUAAUACAGGGCGUUAUGUGUCUGAUCCAGUGCUCUCUAAUGUUGUAGUUGUAUCUAUUUCUGGUGCCUACAAUGAUUACCAGGUACGGUCAAAAUUAACAUCACUUGAUAAUAUUGUGCCGCCAACCCAUGGCUUCAUGAUCAGCAGUACAGCCAUGAAAAAUGUGUGGUUGUCAAUGGAACAUCAAGCUAUUUUAUGGUGUAAUCAAUUGGUUGUCCAAGUAUCACAUACGCUUCUUAGUUUGAUAGAUUCCAGAACAGGCCAACCAUUUCCUGAUAGUCAAAAGAGACUUGCUGUUUUUGCAAGAAUGCUACGGAGUGGAAUAUCACAUAAUUUUGACUGGAUGAUGCAGUUACCCUCUUAUAAACAAUCACUAAACAUUCCUGUCCAGAAUACAAAAGAUGUCACUGGAUCACCAGUGCAUAGGCCGGUUGCUUGUCCUGCCAAUGUUCAUUGGAAUGAUGGGGGCCUUGAUAGAGAUUUAUACAUUCAGAUAAAUGAGGUGACUGUAUUAGCAAUGGAUGGUCGACGGCGGUGGUUGGACAUACAAAAAUUGGGAUUUAGAAUAAUGGGUCAUCUUGUAGACUUGCUGUGUGGUCUUGAACUUGAGAGUUGCUAUCCUGUCCAAAAUGCACAAGACAAUUUGAAUUUGCAUCUUAAAGGUUUAAAUGGAAAAAGUCAUUUUGUGCUUGUGACCAAUCUUGAGCCUUGUUCUGGAAUUAGACUUCAUUUGUGGCCUGAAAAGGGGAAAUCCGUUACAAGUUUACCUCUCAAUGAUAGGGUUGUUGAAGUAACAUCAAAGAUGAUGCGCAUUCCCUCAGGCCCAGCACCACGGCAGCUUGAACCUGGCAGUCAGACUGAGCAAGCUCCUCCAUCUGCUGUAUUUUGGUUGGGUCCGGGACAAAUGCAUGGCUUCAGAUUUCUUACUAUUUCAGUUGCACCUCGUCCGGAGUUUUUGAGAUUGAAGCUUUUUCAUUUUAAAGUUUCCAUGUGGAAGCUUGUACGUAGACCCCCGCCAGCAGCAUCCAUGGCAGUUGGACAGUUCUUUAAUCCAGAGGAGGGAAGUCAAGAAUUAUCUCCAUGGUUUAUGCUUCAAUCUACCUAUUCUCAGAAGGAUUUGGUUUUGGAGGAGGCGCAUCCUCUAGCUGUCAAAUUAUCAUUUGCCAUCAGUGUGGGUCUUCUACCUGUUACUUUUUCUUUGAAAACUGUCAGCUGUGGAAUUAGAAACUCUGGACUUCCAGAAGAGGAAGCCGGAGACCUUGAAAGCAACAUUAUUAAUUGGAGAUUAGACUCCCAGAGGGGCGUCAACCAGUUUGUUCAUAGCCAAACCAUUGUUAGUUGCUUAAUAGUGAUUACUAGGUUUUCAGUUUUCUGGGUUGAUUGGUUUUUGAAAGGGUUUAAAGAGGUUUUGAAGGAUGUCGUGGCAGCUAAGAAAGAAAUCCCUGUGGAUGCAUUUCAUCCCGAGGGACACAGCUUGUUAUCAAUGAUGGAUGGUGGUGAUGCUGGUGAACCAAAAAUCUGCCAAAUAGUGGGUGGCGGUGGCCUAUGGCUCCUGGUGAGGGUGAUGAUUGGACUUGGAGUUGGGCUCUGCAAAUUGCGCUGUUUCCCACCUGUUGCACUUGCAUGGGAUGAUACAUCUGGUCUUCAUGUAUAUCCAAAUUUGAACACAGAGAUAAUUGUUGUUGAUUCUUCACCAGCACAUUGGAGUUCAACUCAGCAAUCUGAAAAAACCAUUGUUCUCUUGCUGGUUGACCCACAUUGUUCUUAUAAGAGUAGCAUUUCAAUUUCUGUCAGUGCUGCUGCGAGUAGGCUUUUACUAUUGUAUAGUCCAAAGAUAGUUGGUUUCUCUAUUGCUGUUGUUUUCUUUGCUCUAAUGCGACAAGCAUAUUCAUGGGAUCUUGAUCUGAGAAUACCAUCAAUGCUGACUGCUUUGGAAUCCAAUUUGACACUAAUAUCACAUUUGUUUCCUCUAGCCAUUCUACCCAUUUUCUUUUCCUUAUUCCUGUCACUGUUGAUGUCUCAGCCGCUUCCUCCAUUUGCUAGCUACAUUGGCAUUUCUCUAAUUUGUUAUAUCUUUGCAAACGGAUUCAUAGCUAUUCUAAUUUUGAUUUCUCACUUGGUAUUCUUUGUGGCUGCCGUUACACAUAUUUUCAUCAAGACAAGGUGGCAAAUGUGGGAACGCAAUAAUAGAGGUGGACAGUGCACAAGCGGGGUGCUUAUGCUAGAAGUAUAUUGUGAUCUUCUGUUUUCUUUUAUACUAAGUUCUGCACAUUCACCUCUGAAUCUUGGUACGUACAUCAAACAGGUGGUUAGGGUUCUAAGAUCCAAUCCAGUACUUGUUAUGGCACUUACAUCAAUGGUCUUGGCAAGCUUGGUUCAUCCAUCAUUUGGUCUCCUUAUACUUCUCUCCUCUCACUUUCUCUGUUGUCACAAUGCAUUAUGCAGCAGUUUCCUGACAGCAUCUUGUCGCAGCCACGAAAAAAAUAAUGAAAAUUUUGAUUGUAACAGUGAAGAUUAUAUGGGGUCUGAAAGAAAGAAUUUCAAAUUUGAUGGUAGUUUUAAGCGGACUUUCCCUUCAGAAGGAAACUUCUCCAACAGUUCAGACUCGACAAAAAGUUUUAGUGACACACAGUUGGAUUUAUUUCACCAUCGCCAUGGCUUGUUGAUAUUGCAUCUUGUUGCGACGAUGAUGUUUGCUCCAUCCGUUGUUGCUUGGUUCCAGAGGCUAGCAUUGGGUGAGAGCCUCCCAUGGCUCCUAGAUUCUGUGCUUUGCAUUGGCAUCAUACUUCAUGGAAUCUGCAACUCGAAGCCUGAGUUCAAUUCCUUCUUCGUGUCCUUUACCGGGAUCCCCAUCCGAAACGUUAGACUCUACUUUAUCUAUCUCAUAGCUGGAUACUGGUCCUUUUUUUCUGGUCUUACUUUGGCUCCGUACCGAGCGUUUUAUGUUAUGGGUGCUGUGGGGGGCAUUUCGUUCGCUCUAAGAAUGUCGGGUAGAUGGAACGGCGAAAAGAAAGAGGUUACUUAUAGCAGCCGAAAGCAUUCUCACAGGCAUUGA